CCGCGCCUCGCUAGGCCCGACAGGCCGGCCCGAGGACUGCGACCAAGCUCGGGACGCGGGCAGCCAUGGCCGAGACGGCGCCUGCCGUGGCUCCGGAGAGGGACCAGCGGCCUUCCACACCUCCUUUGCCCCAGGCAGCUGUUGAGAACAACUCUUACCUGUACUCUACUGAGAUCACGCUGUGGACCGUGGUGGCUGCCAUUCAGGCCUUGGAGAAGAAGGUGGAUUCCUGUCUGAGCCGAGUGCUGAGCCUGGAGGGCCGCGCAGGCACGGCUGAGAAGAAGCUGGCCGACUGCGAGAAGACGGCCGUGGAGUUCGGCAGCCAGCUGGAGGGCAAGUGGGCCGUGCUGGGCACCCUGCUGCAGGAGUACGGGCUGCUGCAGCGGCGCCUGGAGAACGUGGAGAACCUGCUGCGCAACAGGAACUUCUGGAUCCUGCGGCUGCCCCCGGGCAGCAAGGGGGAGGUCCCCAAGGUGCCCGUGACCUUUGAUGACGUGGCCGUGUAUUUCUCCGAGCUGGAGUGGGGCAAGCUGGAGGACUGGCAGAAGGAGCUGUACAAGCACGUGAUGAGGGGCAACUAUGAGACGCUGGUCUCCCUGGAUUAUGCCAUCUCCAAACCGGACAUCCUCACCCGGAUGGAGAGGGGAGAGAAUCCCUGUCCUGAAGACCAGUGGGGCCAGGAGAAGGAGGAUGAGGAAGAAACUGCAUGUCCAAGGAAGCCAGCCACUGGCAGAGAGACAGACGGAGAGGAACAUUCCUUCAGCCGGUUUACUCCUCAGUUGCCCGCAACAGCCAGGACUGAGCCAGGCCAAAGCCAGGAGGCAGAACCUCACUGCGGGUCUCCCACGUGGGUGGCAGGCACCGAAGUACCCCAGCCAUCGCCUGCUGUCUCCCAGGGCCUCCUUCCAUGCCCGGAGUACAUCCCCAGCCCGGUCAGCCCUGCCCACCAGGAGCCUACGGAAGGGCAGGCCCCUGAACAGCAGCAGGACUCAGCAGCGAGAGAGAGCCCCUGCGAGCCAGGCACGGGUGAGGGGCACAGCCAGGGCAGCAGCAUGAAUGGUCCCCCAGGGCAGUGCACAGGGCCUCCAGCCAGCACCGGCGUUCUGUCCUUGAUUAAACAGGAGGGAGAGUCUUCAGAGGGGGAGGCACCAGUCUCCCCUCCCAGAGACAUCCUGCCCAGCAGGGGGCCAGGUGGUGGUGUGGCCAUCAAGACAGAAGCACCGUCUGAGGACGAGAUGGUUCCUGAGCAGCUCUUUCUGGGGUCCCCGAGCCAGACCAAGUGUAGAAUCCCCAAAGGACCCAGGAGCAGGAUGGGGGGGCCCAGUCGGCAUCAUGCGGAGGGGGUGCCGAGGGUGCGGGUCGGGGCGCCUCGGUCGCCAGGGGCCAUGGGUCAACCGCCCCGUGUCCUCCCUCGCCGGCGCGAGCGGGCCUUCCCCUGCCCUGACUGUGGGCAGAGCUUCCGCUUGAAGAUUAACCUGACGAUCCACCAGCGGACCCAUGUGGAGGAGGAGCACAGGGAGGCUGGGGACAGCUCAGGCCCUGAGUGGGGCGAAGCUGACGCCACGCUGGAGCCGGGGGAGGUGGUGGUGCCUGGCCCCGUCAUCCGCUGGCUGCCCGAGGAGCCCGAGGGCCCCCGCUCCCUGGCAGGCCGUGCGUUUGUGGGGCGCAGGCCGGCAGCCGCCAAGGUGUACCACUGCAGCGAGUGCUUGCGCUUCUUCCAGCAGAGGAAAAGCUUGCUGCUGCACCAGCGCCUGCACACGGGCAACAGCCAGGGCUGGCCUGCCUGUCCCUACUGCGGCAAGGCCUUCCGCCGGCCCUCGGACCUCUUCCGUCACCAGCGCAUCCACACCGGCGAGCGGCCCUACCAGUGCCCCCAGUGUGGCCGGGCCUUCAACCGGAACCACCACCUGGCUGUCCACAUGCAGACUCAUGCCCGGGGCCAUGCCCGCCAGGGGAGCCCACCCCUGCCCGGCCCCAGCCACUUGGAGGAAGGCUGAGCAGGCGGAGCCCUCCCUGGGCCGCCCUGGCCGCGAGGGGCCUUUCCCUUUGUGCCUCUGGCUGAUUUCUUGUUUUCAGAUACUUUGGUGGUUUUUUAUUUUAUUUUUUUUUCCAUUCAACUGGGAAGCAACAGCCCCUUUGAUGUCAGAUGCUCCCAGUCCCUGUUUCCUAGGUCUGGCACUCUGCUGCCUUUUUUCUGCAUUCCUGACUUACAGUGGAUUCCUUCAGGCUUAGGGGAUGCCAGUGUUUGUCGAGGGCCUUUGGCAGGUACCACAGACAGUCCAGGGGACCAGAGACAGAGGCCCUCCCCUCAUGGCUUUGAUUCAGACAACAGUCGCCUCCUGCCAGCGGCCAGCAUGAGCCCAAAGGAAAGACCCUGCACGUCUUCUACUCUUACUUUGAAGCAUCUUUUUUUCUUAAUGGAUUUUUCCUUUAGCUUUUCCAAGUGUCGUGUACAGUUGCAAAAAGGACCAAGAGCCCCAGGCUGGCGGGGCAGGACUUAACUCUGUGGGGCUGGCAGGGCUGGGAGAGGGGCCCAGUUUAGAACAGCCCGUGGCUUUUGAUAGUGAUGCCUUGAUGCUUUGGUUGCUGUCCUGGAGGCCAGUGGUCUUCCCAGGUGGGUGUUUCUUGGCCCAGAGUGAGCCCCAAUAUUCCUAGCACUUUCCCUGCAGGGUAGUCACACCAUCGUCUACCCCAUUACCGUGGAGAGGAAGCUGAGCUGGGGUGGGUUACACUAACCACAGGGGGUCUCAGGGUCGUGGAUGCAGGUGCUCCAUUGACAGCGCCCCAAGCAGUGCCUUGAAGGGGGGUGCAGAGUGAGCCCAGGAGGCUCCUGUCCAAGAGGAGGAUGGCUGUGACAGUCCACCUGGACUCGGCCUCCGAUGUCUCCUCUCAGGUGGAGGGUUCUUUGAGGAGUAUGGGCUCUGGGGCAGAAAUGGUCUGGGAGAUCUGGGUGAAUCCUUCAACCAGGUUUAGUCUUAGGUUCCUCGUCUGUCCAAGUGGGUGAUGGCCCCGGUGUCCUAGGUCACCUUAGAAUUGUCAGGGUCAGAUUUAGAGGCACUGGGAUACACAGGUUUGUCCUUUCAGGGUCAGGACAGCCUUUCUCUUCCGUCUUGGUCUGCAGCCCUCCCUGCAGUUAGAAUCCCUCUGUGCGGUUUGCAGCAAGGUAAGGCUUCCUACUGGCCUGCGUCCGCUGCGGGAGUUCAGGCAGUAGUACCACGCCUAGUGGAGUCCCGAGGGAAGUGUUCUUGUGCCUUCUAAACGCCCCGCUUUGGGUGCUACCUGUGAAUCAGCCUGGGUGUGGAUGGUUCCGAGACUGGAGCAUUGGGUACCCAGUUAUCCUGAUGACUUGCUGCCUUGCCUGGCUCCAUGAGAGGCAGCAGUGGUCAGGUCUGCUCCUGGGUGUCCAGCCGUGUCACCUUGUUUCCCCUUUGACCCCUCACACUCCUCCCAAAGUUCUGAACAGAACCAGGGGCUGGUGGGGCCAAGAUGAGUGUGUAAGGCAGUGCAGCCGAGCUCACUGGGUUCGGCAGUGUGACAGCAGCCUUCUGUGCUGUGGGUGCUCCCUGUCUGCUGUGCCACCCCUGCCCUUGCUGGGGGCCCCAGGUCAGAGAAGGGUGGGCGGAAGUUCUGAGGAGGUGGUGCCAGUGUAGCUGAUCAGAGUUUAACCCACACUGCAGGAGCAGCCCUGAGAUGGUGGGAAGCCCUGGGCUAACGCUUUUUUCAGUUCCUACACCUGUGUUUUAUAAUGGUAAAUGCCAUGUGUUUGUGCAAUGUUCCAAUAGAAACACAAACCAUAUUCACAAGGCACUGGCUCCCUCCACUCCCCGACCCCCGCCCUUGUUUUAGUUCAGAGCGCUGUGUGCUCGGCUCUGGGUUAGGCCUGGCUUGCAAUAGGAAGCUUUGCGUUGAAACACGUGAAAGGAGGUGGCGUGGGUACCGCUGCAGGCGGGGUCCCAGAAUUCUGGGCCUAGAUUCUUCCUCGUUUGUAAAGCAGUGAAGUGUUUGGGCCCCUGAGGACUGUGAAAGGGACAGCCUGGCCCCUAGUCGGUGCUCAAUAAACAU